CACGUGCCUCUGCUCACGUGACCGCCGUUCCUGUCAUUCCACCGCUGCAGCUCGGCUUCCUUUAGCCUGUGAGGCCCUCAACGUUUUGCUGCGGAAUUUCUUCACUCUGCGGCGCUCGAGUCUCUCGCCGCCCCUGAGGCCUCCGUACCCGAAGAGGAAAAGUUGAUCCCAAUUGUAUAAAUUGAAAGGACCUACCUAUUUUGAAUGAUCUGUUGAAAAGCAUUCAAGACCAUAAAAUUUAGAUGACCAAAAUGGAUAUCCGGGGUGCUGUGGAUGCUGCUGUUCCAACCAACAUAAUUGCUGCCAAGGCUGCAGAAGUUCGUGCCAACAAAGUGAACUGGCAGUCCUAUCUUCAGGGGCAGAUGAUUUCUGCUGAAGAUUGUGAAUUCAUUCAAAGGUUUGAAAUGAAAAGAAAUCCUGAUGAGAAGCAAGAGAUGCUUCAAACUGAAGGCAGUCAGUGUGCUAAGACAUUUAUAAAUCUGAUGACUCAUAUCUCCAAAGAACAGACAGUUCAGUACAUACUAACCAUGGUGGAUGAUACAUUGCAGGAAAAUCACCAGCGUGUGAGCAUUUUCUUUGACUAUGCUAAACGUAGCAAGAACAGUGCCUGGUCCUACUUUCUGCCAAUGUUGAAUCGCCAGGAUUUCUUUACUGUACAUAUGGCAGCAAGAAUUAUUGCCAAGUUAGCAGCUUGGGGAAAAGAAUUGAUGGAAGGUAGUGACUUAAAUUACUAUUUCAACUGGAUAAAAACUCAGCUGAGUUCACAGAAACUGCGUGGUAGCGGUGUUGCUGUUGAAACAGGAACAGUCUCUUCAAGUGAUAGCUCCCAGUAUGUGCAGUGUGUUGCCGGGUGUCUGCAGCUGAUGCUUCGGGUCAGUGAGUACCGCUUUGCUUGGGUAGAAGCAGAUGGGGUAAACUGCAUAAUGGGAGUUUUGAGUAACAAGUGUGGCUUUCAACUCCAGUAUCAAAUGAUUUUUUCAAUAUGGCUCUUGGCAUUCAGUCCUCAGAUGUGUGAACACCUGCGGCGCUAUAAUAUCAUUCCAGUUCUGUCUGAUAUCCUUCAAGAAUCUGUCAAAGAGAAAGUGACAAGAAUCAUUCUUGCAGCAUUCCGUAACUUUUUAGAAAAUUCAACUGAAAGAGAAACUCGCCAAGAAUAUGCUCUGGCUAUGAUUCAGUGCAAAGUUCUGAAACAGUUGGAGAACUUGGAGCAGCAGAAGUACGAUGAUGAAGAUAUAAGUGAAGAUAUAAAAUUUCUUUUGGAAAAACUUGGUGAGAGUGUCCAGGAUCUUAGCUCAUUUGAUGAAUAUAGUUCAGAACUUAAAUCUGGAAGAUUGGAAUGGAGUCCUGUGCACAAAUCUGAGAAAUUUUGGAGAGAAAAUGCUGUAAGGUUAAAUGAGAAGAAUUACGAGCUCUUGAAAAUUUUGACAAAACUUCUGGAGGUGUCAGAUGAUCCACAAGUGUUAGCUGUUGCUGCUCACGAUGUUGGAGAAUAUGUGCGACAUUAUCCCCGAGGGAAACGGGUUAUUGAACAGCUUGGUGGGAAGCAGCUGGUGAUGAACCACAUGCACCACGAAGACCAGCAGGUUCGCUACAACGCUCUCCUGGCCGUGCAGAAACUCAUGGUGCACAACUGGGAAUAUCUUGGUAAACAGCUCCAAUCUGAGCAACCUCAGACUGCUGCUGCCCGAAGCUGAGCUGCGUUCUCUGACCUUGGACUCUCCUGCCUUCCCAUUCUACCUGCAGCACGGACAACUGGAGUGUGAAUCUUGGUGUAGUCAAGGUUAAGAACAAAUAAUUUUUCAUUUUACUUGUAACUUCUUUUGUUGUGUAGCUUUUCCUAAUGCUUAUUUCGAAUAAAAGUGUGCCUGUUAAGAAGUAGAUGCUUUCUGUAUCUAAGGAAAAAUGAUACUGUUACAUAUAUUGCUUGUAGUUUCUGUAUUUAUUGUUCACUGGAAAUGAAUAUCAUUAUUAAAGGAUUCUCACUCCUA